CCGCCCUCUGCGCUUCGAAGAGAAGCCCGACUACAGUCACCUGCGGCAGCUGUUCCGACAACUGUUCCAUCGCCAGGGCUUCACUUACGACUAUGUCUUUGACUGGAAUUUGCUCAAAUUUGAUGCCAGGGCGUAUCUAGACUCGAAGGCCCAGACCGACUUCCCUCUCGCGUGUAUGGGUGGGAGGCCGCGGUGCGACUGCCGUCUGAUCCAGCAGCCAGAGAACCUGCACCUCGUACCUUAUCCAUCUGGUCAACCUGCCAACACUGAUCAAGUUUACGACAACGUACAAAAUGCAUUUAAUCUCAAUGCACCUAAUGUUCCUUUUGAAAUGUUUCUUUCUAACCAUCGGUUAUAUGUGAACUGUAUUCGCACAAUAUGGUUGCAACAACCGUAUGCUGUUCGAAGUGAUCCAAGUAACCCAGCCAACUUCCCUGCGUCGAUUGACAUGAGCCAAUUCGACCGAGCGCUCCCCGAGGCUGUCCUGCAAGCAGAGUGUAUAGAUGAUAUUAACCAACGGAAAACCUUUAUCGAAAUCCAAUUGCGAUCCCUGGUAUCGGCCGCGUCUGGAUACUUGAACGUUAUGGUCACUAAUUUCGCCUCGACGGCAAAUAUUAACGAGCUCUGUUCCAAAAUCAACGUAUUUUACUCGAGUGUGAUUAAGGCUCACAAGCGUCUCCUGCGCACUGGUCCUCUGCAAACCAGUACCGCUACGCCCUCAGCAUCUGCACAGCGCCGCAAUCCGCAGUCAAAGCGAAAACGUUCCCGGAAGAUGAAAGCUGACUCCAAACCGGGACAAGAAUCUAGGUUAACUGACACGUCCCAAGUUCCUCCGCAGGAUUCGAACAUCGAUGCCUCUGGCACUCGAGGUCUUGCAUCUGGUAACGCCGCGGACUCAAUUAACAAUCUCACUCAGCUAUUUGAAUCUCGGUUUACCCUAUUUGGUCCGACGGGCCUGACACCUGUUUCUAAUUCUAUAAACAUUUCGUCUCUAGAUUUUAACAGAACUUUACGUUUCUCUUCAACGACUACGCAUUAUCUUCCUAAUAUGGUGCCGAUAUUUAACGGCCCUUAUGGGUUGAACGUUCCAUUCCCAGCUAACUUGGGAGGGGCACUUUCUCACAUGCCGACAUUCAAUUCAACGAUGCCUCAAUCAUCGGGCAAUCCAGUCUCUGGGUCACCAUUUACAUUCACCUUUCCUUCAUCAACAGCAAUGCGUGCUCCCUGGAUACCAUCCACUCCCGAGGAGGAUAGGGAUGAAUAUCCACAAUGAUCUGCAUUUUGCGAUUAUAUUCUUGGAUCCUUUCCCCACUUUUUGUUGUAAAAUAUUACGAAGAACUUAGUUCAGUUUGCGUACCUUCGGUUUGUGUCUAAGCAAACAUUGGUAUUAGAUUCACCGUCUUUCAUCCGCUCGUCUCGCAAUAUUUAUCUACUAAUCAACAGUCUAAUUUGGCUGUUGUUUUAAUUCUCGACGAGUGUGUGACUUGUACCAACUCUCACGUCUAUGUUGGCGACUUAUCGACGAUGGUCAUCGCUGCUCCGUCAUAUCUUCAUUUCAUGCAUUGCGUGCCUCGAGCUGCUCAACGCCAAGACUAAAUCUUCGCUUCGAAGGUUUUAAUCGUGCUGAAGUCUGAAUAAUUAAUUGACUGCCCUUCUUUCGAAGGGUCAUCGAAAACUGUUGCUAACUGACGAAGCCUUAUAUGCGAACGGCUCCUCUUUUCUCCACGUGGGAUAAUUUAUAUUUGUUGAUAUUUUCUUCGGAAAUUUGUACGUUGAAUUUUAAUGCUUAAAAUGUGAGUUCAUGUGAAAUUAAACAGUUUUUGAGCGUUACUGAUAUCUCCGAGUGUUUCAUACGCUGAAUUGUGUGUGUGAAUCUACCAAUAAAAAGCCUUCUGAAAACUGUUCUUCUGAUGGUCGGAAAGAGGCUCAAUUUAUUGGUUACGAUUUUAUUGCAUGUCAAGCAUACCCACGUGAGCAUUUAAAAGCGCUCUGCAAACAGAUGCUUCGUGCUUCUAAUUCUUUUAUUCUAUUGACGGAAGGUUACGACAAUGUGUAAUUCUUAGCUGAUUUCAGUUUUGUUUCUAAUUAAUUUAAUAAUCAAUAUAUUU